AUGACGACAAGAUACAGAGUAGAGUAUGCUCUCAAGACCCACAGACGAGACCAGUUCAUAGAAUGGAUUAAAGGUCUCCUGGCAGUCCCCUUUGUCCUCUACUCCCAGCCCACCGGCGUCUUCGACACGAGAGCGACGAGCAUAGCCCGCAUGGCAGAGGAAUCCCACCGCCGCUACGCCGAAAUCUUUCGCGACGUCGAGCACAUGAUAGACGACCACAUAACCCGUCAAGACGAAGACCUCCCCUCAAAACUGAAAAUGCUCGUCCCCUCAGCAGGGCCCUUCUUCACCCGCCUCCCCCUCGAAGCAGCCUUCACCCUCAUGGACGCAAAACGCCUCAUCUCCUCCCGCCGCUACGUCUCCCCCUCCUUCAACGACGUCCGCCUCAUCCUCAACGCCGCCCAAAUCCUCGCCGUCACCAGUCCCAGCCCCAGUCCAAACCCAUCCACCACCACCACCGUCACCUCCCUCCAACUCGCAACCUUUGACGGAGACGUAACCCUCUACGACGACGGCGAAUCCCUCCUUCCCACCUCCCCCCUCAUCCCCCGCCUCCUCUCCCUACUCCGCCGCGACAUCAAAAUCGGCAUCGUCACAGCAGCAGGCUACACAACAGCAGACCGCUACUACGACCGCCUCCACGGCCUCCUCGACGCCAUCGCCGCCGCGCCCGACCUAUCCCCGAUCCAAAAGGCCUCCAUCGUCAUCAUGGGCGGCGAAGCAAACUACCUCUUCGAAUACGACCCGUCCUCCCCGCACCUCCUGGCCCCCGUCCCGCAGGAGCAGUGGCUCACGCCCGAGAUGGCAUCCUGGUCCGACGCCGACAUCUCCGCGCUCCUCGACGUCGCCGAGGGCGCCCUGCUCGAGUGCAUCCGCACCCUCAACCUCCCCGCCACCCUCCUCCGCAAAGACCGCGCCGUCGGCAUCGUCGCAACCGACCCGGCCGUCCGCAUCCCGCGCGAGUCCCUCGAGGAAACCGUCCUCGUCGUCCAGAAAAUCCUCGAGCUCUCCGCGCUGGGAUCACCCGCCCAAGCAGCCGGCCACAGCACAAUCGCGCCCUCUGCCCCUGCCUCUUCCACCGAACCAACUGCUGUCCGCCGCCGCGUCCCCUUCUGCGCUUUCAACGGCGGCCGCGACGUCUUCGUCGACAUUGGCGACAAGUCGUGGGGCGUGACCGUCUGCCAGCGCUGGUUCGCCGCCAAGGCGGGACACCCAGAGACCCCCAUCGCCGGCGAGAAGACGCUGCACAUUGGCGACCAGUUCCUCAGCGCCGGCAGCAACGACUUCAAGGCCCGGAGCGUGGGUACCACUGCGUGGAUCGCGAGUCCCGGGGAGACGGGCGAGCUUUUGGAUGAUUUGAUCGCGAGGAUUUGA